ACCUAGCCGACAUGGAGAGCAAGAAGAGCAUCACCCCAUCACAAGUCGAAGAAGACGGCUCCAAGAAGAAGAGGAACAAGAUUCAGCCUGAAACGAAAACUGAAACUUGCUGCUUAUGGCUUCUGCUACCACUUGACAUCAUGGAUGACAUUCUCUCAAGACUACCUGCGAAAUCUGUUGCGAAAUUCCUCUGUGCCUGCAAGCAAUGGCUUUCUCUAACUCACGAUGCCCGUUUCUUGAGAUCACUGCACGCGAGAUCCGCGAGCUACAUAAUUAUUGAUAAACAUAUUUUUAAUGGUAAAGUAGAGCUGUAUGACUUCAGUAUGGGCGAUGCGAGGAAUCCUACGAAGACUUCGUACAGGCUUAAUCUUGGGAGCAACUAUUAUCUGUUAUCAAAUUUUGUCGAUGGCUUGACUUGUCUUCAUUACGGCAGCGGAGGUCCUAAACCUGAUAUAUACUUGUUAAAUCCUAUGACUCGGGAACUUCAGAAACUUCCAAAGAAGAACGGUAGUCAUUGUGGAGCCUAUGUAUAUGAAAGUUUUGGUCUGGGUGUCGACAUGAAUAUGGGGCUAUACAAGAUAGUAAGAUUAUUUUCUCUUGGAAGGCAUCCCACUCAACAUCCUGCACAUUGUGAGAUCUAUACUGUGGGCACUAGAGAAUGGAGGUGCCUUGGUGAAGCUCCUUUUGGAAUGUGGUGUUGUUAUAAGCCUGUUCUCCUUCAUGAAGCCCUUUACUGGAUUGCAAGAGGUAAUCUCCAAGGAGAAGAAAAAGUAUGUCUUUUCAGAUUCAGUAUCAAAGAUGAGAAGUUUGGUUCAGCGAUAUCGCUCCCCCAGCCCUCGUUAUCCUCCCAUAUGUUGUACUCCAGUUUAAAGGAGUCUGGGGGGAAGCUUUGGCUUACAUUCAGUAACCCAACCGAAAGUUACUUUGAGAUAUGGACUAUGAAAGACUAUUUGAAUAAUACAUGGGUCAAAGAAUAUCAAUCCCAUAAUGAUGACCUCUCAAGUUUGCACAAGGUUUAUGAAGGUGAUGUCAUAGAUAUUGUAGAUGGUGAUAUUCUCUUUAAAGACUACAAAACUGGAAGAUGGAAUGUCAUUUCUUAUAAUCUUUGUAGCGGAGCUUCGCACGAGCUCUUCCUUGGUGGAGAGCGAAGUGAUUUUGCUUUUUACAGGGAAAGCCUUAUUUCGCCAAAAGCUGUCGAAGGUAUCUCAAAGAUGUAGAAAACAGGGCGGAGGUGAGAUGCUUGUAUCUGAAGAGCACCAUGGGGAAGCAAGCCUAUCUGAAAUUUUUUCAACUACACCUUGC